AUGUCAAAAACAAACAAUGAUCUUAACAACAGAUAUAACAUAUACAUGGACAUAUUUGGAACCCAAAGGUUACCUGAUACCUAUCCUCCACAUUCGGUAUCGUCAUCUUCGGUAACUAAUCACCAUAAGCAUAUGAAUGUUAUCACGGAUGAGAACCCAAAUAUUCCCAAGAGAAUUGAAGAUAUUCCUGAUCUAAAUUAUAUUAUUGCUCAAGAUGUUUCGCACUUGGCCAUUGCUGAAAACUCUGAACAUGAAGAUGACCAUGACCAUAAUAACGACGCUCUAUUAAAUCAAAAGACUAAUAUUAAAUACGUUUCAGAAACUCAUACUUUGUCAAGCUCCGAAACUUCUCCUAUAUCAGGUCCAAGAAAGAGUAACGUAUCAUCUGAACUUUCUGAAAAAAUCGAAACCCCAACUUCAUUUGCAAGUCUGGUGAACCCAUUUGUAUCAAAACCACUAACUAAUACUAAACCAAUUUAUAAUACGUCUCCAUCGACUAUAACGACAGAAACUUUGGAACAAAAUCGUCAAAUACAAUCAUCCCACACGCCCACUACCAUUCCAGUUCAGAAAGCUAACAAGAAUGCAUUUGUGCAAAAGAAAAAACCAUCAUUACCUCAAUUAUCACUGAAUGUGCUAAAGAAACAAUCGCAUGCAUCAUCAAGCCCAAGUCAUACUCCAACUCAAUCAAGAAAAUCUCCUUUACAAGGUUUCGGAUUUUUUUCAAGGCCAAGUUCUAAAGAUUUACAUGAACAACAAUUGCAACAGCAACAGCAGCAGCAGCAGCAGCAGCAACAGCAACGAUAUAAUAGUAAUAAUUCACCUCGUAAUCAUUCGCGUUCAAAUUCAAACUCAAAUUCUCGUUCAAUGUCUUUAACUACUUCAACUUUGAAAAAUAUCACCUCUCCAUUUCACGGUAAAUCAAAUGAUAACAACAACAACAAUAACAAUAAUUAUCAACAGCAACCUCAUCACGGUUCUGCCACGUCUAAUCCAUUUUUCGACUCUAAAAUGAAUGGCAAUACCACUGCCACGGAUUAUAAUAAUAAUAAUAAUGAUAACUUCUCGAUGAUUUCUCAUCAAACAUCAUCAACUAUUGGGUUAGGUUUGAAAACAAAACUUUCUUCAACUUCUUUAUCAUCUAAACGUUACACAUCUGCAUCUGGGACAUCUCUAAGUCAUCAUCAAUCCUAUUCUCAAUUACAAUCAUCUCAACAACAAUAUUAUAAGUACCACCAACAUAAUCAUCAUGGUAAUAAUCAACAACAUCGUCGCCGUAGUAGUGUACUCAAUACUCCAUUAUCUGCUUCUGCAUCAACAAUAUCUAAACCAAUAUUAAGUGCAUCUAACAAGAAACCAAGAGUUUAUCCGGCAUUGUUAUCAAGAGUAGCCAAGAAAUUUAAAGAAUCUAUAGAAUUAGGUGAACAUAAAAAGGAUGGUCUUAUAUAUAGAGGUGCAUUUACGGGGAAGCAUGCUGUCGAUGUUAUAUGUUCCAUAAUAAGAUCAUCUGAUAGAAAUUUAGCAUUAUUAUUGGGAAGGUCUCUGGAUGCUCAAAAAUUAUUUCAUGAUGUCGUCUACGAACAUAGAUUAAGAGACUCUCCAUACGAAGUUUAUGAAUUCACAGAAAAUUCAAGAUUUGUCGGAUCUGCUGCAAAUAAUUCACAUUAUCCAUUAAUGUUGUUGUCUUCCUCGACUCAAUUAAGUAACAAUACUGCGGAUACUGGGAUGGUUGGAUCUACUUCUCAAUCUUCUUUAUCAAGUAAUCAACAAAUGGCUCUCUUACAACAACAGAGGCAAAAUUCUUUGUCAUUAUCUGAAUCUCAACUCCCACAUUCACAUACCCAGUCUACAAUAACAAUGCAUGAUACAAUUAAUAAUAAUAAUGCAGAACAAGAUGAAAUGGUAUCCACAGUGGCAACAGUUAAUGGUGUUUUCACUUUAUUAGCUGAAUGUUAUUCCCCAACAUGUACAAAACAUAAAUUAUGUUAUUCCAUAUCAUGUCCACGUCGUCUUGAACAACAAGCAAGAUUGAAUUUGAAACCUAAAGGUGGUUUAAAGAGAAAUAUUUCCGUCGUAGUGGACGAUGACGAUGACACAGAUGAAAGUCUAUCAUGGACGACUUCUGUCCCGAAGGAAAUUUGGGAAAAUUUACCAAAGAAGGAAAUUAAAAGACAAGAAGCCAUAUAUGAAGUCUUCACAAGUGAGAAAAAAUUUGUUAAAUCUUUGGAAAUUACAAGAGAUACGUUCAUGAAAACAUUAUCUGAAACAAAUAUUAUCCCUGCUGAUAUUCGUAAAAAUUUCAUCAAGCACGUUUUCGCCCAUAUUAAUGACAUUUAUUCUGUAAAUAGAAGAUUCUUGGAAGCUUUGUCUGAUAGGCAAAAAAGUUCUCCAGUAGUGAGAGGGAUUGGUGAUAUUAUACUUCGAUUUAUCCCAUUUUUUGAACCAUUCGUAGCGUAUGUGGCAUCAAGACCAUAUGCUAAAUAUUUAAUUGAAACUCAAAGAUCUGUUAAUCCAUAUUUUGCUAGAUUUGAUGAAGAUAUGAUGAACUCAUCAUUAAGACAUGGGAUUGAUUCAUUUUUAUCUCAAGGGGUAUCAAGACCAGGGAGAUAUAUGUUAUUAGUCAGAGAAAUUAUGAAAUCUUCUAACCCGGAAAAGGAUUCAAGAGAUUUAGAAAUCCUUACGAAAGCAAUGGAUGCAUUAAAGGAUUUCAUGAAAAGGAUUGAUAAAGCCAGUGGUGCAGCCCAAGAUAGACAUGAUGUGAAAUUGCUAAAACAAAAAAUACUAUUUAAGAAUGAAUACGUUAAUAUGGGGUUGAAUGAUGAAAAAAGAAAAAUUAAACAUGAAGGAAUUUUAUCAAGAAAGGAAUUAAGUAGGUCAGAUGGUACAGUUGUGGGGGAUGUUCAAUUUUAUCUUUUAGAUAAUAUGUUAUUGUUUUUAAAGGCAAAAGCUGUUAAUAAAUGGCAUCAACAUAAAGUUUUCCAAAGACCAAUACCAUUACCGUUAUUAUUUGUCUGUGCCGGCGAAGAUAUGCCUCCACUACGGAAAUACAUUGGUUCCAAUGCAGAUACUUCAGGGACGAUUGUUCAAUCGGAAUAUAAUUCAACAAAUCCAAGAAACGCUAUAACAUUCUUAUACUAUGGUGCCAAGCAUAGAUAUCAAGUUACGUUAUAUGCUGCCCAAUUUGCAGGUUUACAAACGUUAUUAGAUAAAGUUAAAGAAGAACAAGCAAGAUUGAUCAAUGAUACUUCUUUAAUUAAUGUAACAAAGAUUAGUGAUAAAUUUUUCGAUUAUUCUAAUAAAAUCAAUAGUGUCACUACAUGUGAUGGUGGUAGGAAGCUACUAAUUGCUACCAAUUCCGGAUUAUAUUCAAGUGAUAUUAAGAGACAACCAAGAGAUAAGAAAAAUGGUUCUAAACCAUCGAUUUUAUUCUCUACACCAAUCCAAUUGAUUCAAAGAAAUAAUAUAACUCAAGUGGCUGUCUUGGAAGAAUUCCAAUCCAUCUUAUUACUGGUUGAUAAGAAAUUAUACAGUUGUCCAUUAACGUUGUUGCAAGUGGAAGGUUCGUCAGGUACAUCUUUCUUCAAGAAACAUUCAAAAGAACUAAUUAAUCAUGUUAAUUUCUUUGCUGAAGGCGAUUGUAAUGGUAAAAGAUUAAUUGUCACAGCUCAUAGCUCUUCACAUUCCAUCAAAUUUUUCGAACAUGAGCAUCCCUUAUUAUCCAAUAAGCAUGGUGGAGGUAGUUCUAGCACAAGUGGUGGGAAUAAUAAUAAUAGUAAGAAAAGCAUAAAAAAGAAAAUCAUUGAAGUAACAUUUGAUUCAGAACCCGUUUCCAUAUCGUUUUUGAAGGCGAAUCUUUGUAUUGGUUGUAAGAAAGGUUUUCAAAUCGUUAGUGUUUCUCAAAAUGCACAUGAAUCAUUGCUUGACCCUGCAGAUACAUCAUUAGAAUUUGCUCUCAGAGAUUCUUUAAAACCAAUGGCUAUUUAUAGAGUUGGUAAUAUGUUCUUAUUAUAUUAUACUGAAUUCGCAUUUUUCGUUAACAAUCAAGGCUGGAGAAAGAAGGAAUCUCAUAUAAUUCAUUGGGAAGGUGAACCACAAAAAUUUGCCAUUUGGUAUCCAUAUAUUCUCGCAUUUGAUCCCAAUUUUAUCGAGAUUAGGAAAAUUGAGACCGGUGAAUUAGUGAGAUGUAUACUAGGUGAUAAGAUUCGGUUGUUACAAAGUAACACACAAGAAAUUUUGUAUGUCUAUGAGGAUUAUAGAGGGUUUGAUACAGUGGCCUCUUUAGAUUUCUGGGGUUGA